UACAUAGCAGAGAUACCUUACCUUGAGCUAAUGCAGUAGUGUUAAUCCCCCCAUAUUCUCGACAAGUUCACAAGUCAAGUUCAAACACAUCUGAACCCUUUCCAUUCUCAACUCCCUCCAAACACCAAUUCAUCACCGGGCAAUACCUUCGUACACACACCACAAUGGCCUUCACAACCAAAGCGACAAUCGCCUCUUUCGGCGGCAAGCUCUUCAAGCUCUCCCACCAGUCCACCACAACCGGCACCCCGAUGGCCGUAAACCUCUACCUCCCGCCACAAGCGCUUUCCUCACAGGGCAACACCAGAAAGGUGCCCCUCCUGAUCUACCUGUCCGGCCUAACCUGCACGCCGGAGAACUGCUCCGAAAAGGGCUUCUUCCAGCACCGCGCCUCCCAGCUCGGCCUGGCCAUCCUGUACCCAGACACGUCCCCGCGCGGCCUCAACCUGCCGGGGGAAAAGGACGCAUGGGACUUUGGCGAGGGCGCGGGCUUCUACAUCGACGCUACGCAGGAGCCGUGGAAGGGCGGGUACCGCAUGGAGAGCUACAUCACGCGCGAGCUUCCCGCGACUCUCUUCGGGGACGCCGAGUACGGCAAGUACCUCGACAGCGAGCGGGUGUCGAUCACGGGCCACAGCAUGGGCGGGCACGGCGCGCUGACGCUGUACCUGAAGAACCCGGCCAUGUACAAGAGCGUGAGCGCGUUCGCGCCCAUCGCGAACCCGAGCAAGUGCCCCUGGGGCGAGAAGGCGUUUAGCGGGUACCUGGGCACGGAGAACAAGGAGGCGGAGUGGAAGAAGCAUGACGCGACCGAGCUGGUGAGGGGGUGGAAGGGAGGGGAUCUGAAGGCGCUGGUCGAUGUCGGCACGGGGGAUAAUUUCUAUAAGCAGGGCCAGCUGCUGCCGGAGAACUUGGAGAAAGCCGCGGAGGAGGCGGGCGUGGAGGGGUUGACGGUGCGGUAUCAGCAGGAUUACGACCACUCGUACUACUUCAUGGCCACCUUCAGCGAUGACCAUGUCAACCACGCGGCGAAAUACUUGGGAUUGUUGUAGGGGUUGUAGGGGUUGUAGGGGUUGUAGGGGCUGACGCUCGGUUCAAAGAGGGCGGCGGAUGAGGGUAUAUCGAUUGAGGUCGGAAAAUGGGGUAUUUUAAGCAACUCUGAAACGGCCAGAAUAAGCCCAGAAGAAACACAAACUCUAACCAGGUACAUAAGUAAGGUAGGUAUACCUCACCCAUCACUCACUUCAUUGCCCCCCUACAUGCAAAAGAAUCGGAUGGUGAGGAGCCAGCCCCAAUGCCAACCCAAAUCCAUGAUUCUAAUCACUAGUAGUAUCCCAAUCACGCGCCCGAUG